GAGGGGACCCCUCCUCGGUCACCGUGUGCCCGCGGAGGCUCCGCGCGGAGCCGUCCCGGGUGGCGGCGGGUUUCCAGGGCGAGGAGACGGACACGGGUCCCUGCGGCGUGUUUGGGGUCGGAGAUUCUUCCAAACGGGGACGGUUCGCUCGGGUGCCGCCAUCUCCACACCCGCGGUGGGAUGCUCUCGUCGGAGACCCGGGAUGCGCGGGGGCGGACAGUUCCGGGGACACCCCCGGCGAGGACAGAGGAGGUUUGGGGGAGUCGGGGUCGCUGAGCAAACCCCCCACGGGCAGCGCCUCCGCAUGCCGGCAGACCAGAGGAGCGGGGGGAGGACGGGGUGCGUGCGGCGGGGACCCUCCAUCCCUGUGAGCGCUCUCUGACGGCGCUGUGUCUCUGUGCCCUUCUCCUCCCGCAGCUAGAGCAGAGCAGCCCCCCCGGCGCUGAGACGAUGGCGACCAGCCCGCUGCCCGGCCCCACCGAUAUCUUGCUGCCGUCGCCGUCCAGCGCGUACCCGCCGGACCCCAUGAACCAGCCGAGGGCCGGCCACGCCGCCAUGAAGCCCAACCAGGUGGGGCAGGUGAUCCUCUACGGCAUCCCGAUCGUCUCCCUGGUCAUCGACGGGCAGGAGCGCCUGUGCCUGGCGCAGAUCUCCAACACCCUCCUCAAGAACUUCAGCUACAACGAGAUCCACAACCGGCGGGUGGCCCUGGGCAUCACCUGCGUGCAGUGCACGCCGGUGCAGCUGGAGAUCCUGCGGCGGGCCGGGGCCAUGCCCAUCUCCUCCCGCCGCUGCGGCAUGAUCACCAAGAGGGAGGCAGAGCGGCUCUGCAAGUCCUUCCUGGGGGAGAACCGGCCCCCCAAACUGCCGGAUAACUUCGCCUUCGACGUAUCCCACGAGUGCGCCUGGGGAUGCCGCGGAAGCUUCAUCCCGGCCCGCUACAACAGCUCCCGGGCCAAGUGCAUCAAGUGCAGCUACUGCAGCAUGUACUUCUCGCCCAACAAGUUCAUCUUCCACUCCCACCGCACCCCCGACGCCAAGUACACCCAGCCCGACGCCGCCAACUUCAACUCCUGGCGCCGCCACUUGAAGCUGACCGACAAGAGCCCCCAGGAUGAGCUGGUCUUCGCCUGGGAGGAUGUCAAGGCCAUGUUCAACGGCGGCAGCCGCAAGCGCGCCCUGCCGCCCGCCCCGCCGGCCCCCGCCGCCGCCGCCCCCGCCGCCUGCCACCCGCUGGGCUCGGUGAAGGCGGCGGCGGUGGUGGGCGGCGGGCUGCUGAGCCCGCACCUCCUGGCCGCCCCGCCCGACCUGCACCAGAAACGGCCGCGCUUCGAGGAGGAUGAGGAGCUGCAGGAGGCGGUGGCGGCGGCGCACGGCGGCAAAAGCCCGCGGAGCUACCCCGUCAUCCCGGUGCCCAGCAAGGGCUCCUUCGGCGGCAUGCUCCAGAAGUUCCCCGGCUGCGGCGGGCUCUUCCCGCACCCCUACGGCUUCCCCGCCGCUGCCUUCGGGCUCUGCCACAAGAAGGAGGAGGGUGGCGGCGGCGAUGGCCUCGGCGGGGCGGCCGCGCACAAGGCCGGCGGGGCCGCGGCGGCUGGCGGCGGGCUCUCGGGGCUCUUCUGGCCGGGCAGGAAGGACGCCGCCUUCUACCCUCCCUUCUGCAUGUUUUGGCCGCCGCGCACCCCGGGCGGGCUGCCGGUACCCACCUACCUGCAGCCACCGCCGCAGCCCCCCGGCGCCCUGGGAUGCUCGCUGGGGGGGGACGGGGCGGGCCUGCUGCGCCAGGCUUUCCUGGACCUGUCGGAGCCCGGCGGCGAGGCGGGGCCGGCGGGGCUGGGGACGGGGCCGGCGGGGCUGGGGACGCCGCCCGCCGCCGCCCCCCCGUCCGCGCCCGCCGCCGCCGCCGCCGCCGCCCGGGACCCGCUGUUCGAGUCGCCCCCCGGUGGCAGCGCCGAGCCCGCCUCGCCCGCCACUUCCGACGGGGGCAGCGGCGGCGGGGGCGGGCGGGUGCCCCCGCACCACCCGCACCUGCUGGAGGCGGCGGGCGGGCGCAAGGCGGGCGGCGGGUACCACCACUCCAGCGCCUUCCGCCCGGUGGGCGGCAAGGAGGACUCGGAGAGCCUGGCCAAGCUGCACGGAGGCGGCGGCGGCGGCCCGCCGCGCUCCGCCUCGCCGCUGCAGCUGCUGCUGCCUCCGCCGCCACCGCCGCCCCCCGAGGAUGCGGGAUGCGAGAGGCACCCGCAUCCUCCGCACGCCGCGCACCGCCUCCUCUCCCCCGGAGACACCAGCUGCAGCUUCGCCAGCGAAGAGAGCAGCGAGGAGGAGGAGGACGAGGAGGAGGAAGACGAGCCCGAGGUGGACGUCGAGGGGCACAAGCCCCCCGAGGAGGAGGAAGAGGAUGAGGAGGAGGAGGGCGAGGAAGAGCCCCGCGGUGGAGACCCCUUCGCGGCCGGGGGCCGCUUUCCACCCGCCCGAGGUCUGCCGGAGAAGGGCGGCCGGGAGCGCCCCGCCGCCGGCCCCUUCCCCCGUCCCCCCGUCGAGGAGAAGCCGGGGGAUGGUCAAGCCCCACCGCAGCCGCCAGCCGGGGCCCCGCGGGCGGGCAGCGGCGGCAGCAGCCCAGCACAGCACCCGGCGCCCGAGGAGCAGCCCCUCUACAAAGAUAAUCAGAAGAGCAAGGAGGGUAAUCAGGUCAUCUUGCCUACGAAAGAGGACACCUUCUCAGAUAAGAACAAGGAGCAUAAUUUUUUCAUCACAGAUUCAGAGCCUUCAGGAGGAGACUUCUGGAGAGAUAUAGCAGGAGAACACACACAAGAAACCAACUCACCUCAUUCUCUGAAGAAGGAUGUGGAAAAUAUGGGGAAAGAGGAACUCCAGAAGGUUCUGUUUGAGCAGAUCGACCUGCGGAGGAGGCUGGAACAGGAAUUCCAGGUGUUGAAAGGAAACGCGUCUUUCCCAGUCUUCAACAAUUUUCAAGAUCAGAUGAAGCGGGAGCUGGCGUACAGAGAAGAAAUGGUGCAGCAGCUACAAAUCAUUCCCUAUGCAGCAAGCUUGAUCAGGAAAGAAAAGCUCGGUGCACACCUCAGCAAAAGCUAAAGAAGCACAGGAGCUUUUGCAGCUGUUACCUUAUAAGUUAUAACCCAGUCAGAAACCUGACUUGUAUAUAGACUGUGAAAUGGAAGUGUUUGGGGAUCUAAAUAAAAAAAAAAAUCAGGUUCCUCUGAACCUAAGGACAAGUGACCUCAUAGUAUCAUGGACAACCAUGUCAAAUAGAAUGUAGCAGCCAUUUAUUAGUAAACACAAAACAACAAAAAAAAAAUGCCUGUCCUUGAUAUUUUUCUUUUUCUUUUUUUUUUUUUUUUGGUGGUACCAAAGUUUAAGUCUUUGUGUUUUUAGAAGGACUAUUGAGCUUGAUAGAAAAAAAAAAAAAAGCUUUUGAAUCGUGCAGAUAAGCUGUGAAAGGAACUGCUGGUCCUUUCAAUGCCACAGACACUGACAACAUCUGCCAGUUCACCUUUUGCUUUGGAAUAGUGAUUGUUUUAUGGAAGGAAAUGAACAUCUCACCAGAUGGGCCAGAACCACGUUUGGAUGGACGGGUGGACAGAUGGAUGGACGGAUGGAGCAGCGUUAGCCAUACACAGUGCUUUUUAAAAGCAGUCUGGAGAUUCUCACACCCCUCUCCCUCGUCCCUUCCCCCCUCUGGUAUUUUGCCUGCUGUAUGAAUUACGAUUGUACUCCUCUGGAAAUAUUUUACAAUUUAAUAUUGAGUGUAAUUAAGAAUAUAAUCACUGUUAUCAAAAAAGGUAUUUAACUCUGUUGUAGUUUCUUUAUCA